AUGGCCACAGCCACAAGUGAAAACAUCCUGGAAAAUCUGAGCAGCUCAAAGGAGGUGUUGAAUAGCACAUUGCAAGACAAAGCGGCACUUACAGACGAGCUUAAAAGCCUUCGCCGCGAGCUGGGGCAACUCGAGUCACAGCUUGCAUCGCACCAGGCUGUUGUUGCCUCAAAUGGAGAUUUGAGGCGCCAAAUAAACACGCUGGAAGUCGAUCUAGAAAACGAAAAGCGCUUGAAGCUCCGUGCUCAGCAAGAGGACGAGAAGGGGAUCAUCUCAGAGCUCAGAUCAAAGCUGCAGCAAUGUGAAGCGCAGCUCGGUACGGAAAGAAAGGAAAAGGAAACAUUGAGAAGAGAACUCACAGAUUGCCAUGCUGAAGCAGGACGGCAAGAAGAGCGAUUUCAUAACAUGAAAGCGAAACUCAAAGGACUGCAAAAUGCACUGAAAGAUGCACAAGAAGAUCUGCAGCGAAGUCAGCGUGAGCGCUGCAAAAUUAGGGAGACAUCUGCCCAUGCCGUCGAAGAGUCUAAGGCACAAUCACCAAAGGCCAAGCAAGCUCAGCUUCGAGCCGAAACCCAAGCCGCUACGGCUGCACUGUCAUUGGACGACGCGGAUAUACAGAGCCCUGGGAAUAAGAACCCGUCAGAUGCUCAAGAACAGCGACGGCGAGGAAAGUACCAUACUGCGGUGGGCAAAAGGUCAAACUUCUCAAUAACUCCUUUCUUAAACAAGACCAGAGACGUCACAGAUUAUCCCGACCUAGAUUCAGACAGCUCUACUUCUAGUCGGGAUUUAGCAGCCAGUCUGAAGCGAUCGCGCGAAAGAAACUCAAAGACUUCUCAAGAAAUGUCCCCCGCCAAAUCUCAGCGACCAGCAGCGAGACGUCGAAAGCCUUCGGCAUCUCUAGCAAAAGCCGGUGCUAUGACCGAAAAUGUUUUGAGCCAGUCAUUAUUGAACGAACCCGCUGAAUCGACGAUGCCUGUCAUGAGGAAACGAGCACGGCUGGAUAAGCCUACGGAGGUUAUGUUGGCCAAUAGCCGUACAGAGGAUUCCCGCAAAAAGGAUUCAGAUUCACAUACGUCAUCCCAGAAGCCAGAAAUAAAGCCCAAUGCAUCUAUUGCAGAAGGUGACAAGCGGAAAGAGCAAGAAGUAGUGGCAGAAGGACAGAAGAAAAAGCGCAAGCUAUUAGGCGGCAGAGGUAAAACCAUGUUUGAUGAUGAUGAAAUGGAAGUCAACGAUAACCCAAACAAUCCACUGAGGGUUGCGCGAGUUAAAAGGGGUCGGUCGCAACUCGGCGGCAAUGCAAAUGCAUUCUCUGGACCCAGCAACACAUUUUCCCCCCUCAAGAAAGAAAGAAGGGGCGUUAAUGCAAGUUUCAUUGGGUAA